CGGUAAAGAACAUUCUUGAAAGCCAGCGUUGGCAGUUGAAUUGAGAAUUGAGAUAAGUGAGAGGAGACUAAAAUUUUUGCAUUCUCUUAAUACCUAUGCCUGCCAUACUAUUCUUCUAUCCUUCUCCUUCUUCGUCUUCUCUACUAAACUCUCCUUAUCUUUCUUAUAACUCCAGCUCCACCCCAUAUUCCCAUUCUUGCUUACUCAUAUCUUCAUCCUUCAACCCAAAACCUCACCACAAUUCUAAACACACCAAUUAUGCUUCACAUUCCACCUCACUCAACAGCACUCAACCAAACUCAAACUCAACCUCAGACUCCCAACUUCCAUUGGAGCCCAUUUCGCGCUCUGAUGCCGCCAGCUCCAUUAAAAUGCCCACAGCUCCUUGGAUGCAUGGUUCUCUCCUUGUUGAGCCCCACGAAGUCGUCAACCUCUCAAAACCCUCAAACGGAAAGAGGGCCAAGGCUGAAAAGUCCCGUGGCGAGCUCACAGAUAAGUUGGUUGGUCGUAGAGGGAAGAACGCGAUUAAGAAAAUAUCCAGGAAGAUUCAAAAGCUUGGGGAGAAAGUUGAUAUUGAAGAAACCCAGAGAGGUUCCGAGGAACUGGGGAUUGGGGAUUAUUUGACACGACUUGAUGAGGCAGGGGAUUCAAAAAUGCGUGGGAAAGUGCCAUGGGAGAGGGAUGAGAGUUUUGUCUUUAGGAGAAUGAAGAAAGACAAAAUUGUGACUGCUGCGGAGUUGAGCCUUGAAAAAGAGUUGCUUGAAAGGUUGAGGAGUGAGGCUUACAAGAUCAGGAAAUGGGUGAAGGUCAAGAAAGCUGGGGUGACUCAAGCUGUUGUGGAUGAUAUUAAGUUUACAUGGAAGAAAAAUGAACUUGCCAUGGUGAAAUUUGAUAUCCCUUUGUGCCGGAACAUGGAUAGAGCUCAUGAAAUUCUUGAGCUGAAGACAGGAGGAUUGGUUGUAUGGAGAAGAAAAGAUACUCUUGUUAUUUACAGGGGCAGCAAUUGUCAUUCGACUUCAGAAACCAUCCCAAAAAUGUAUCCUAGCUUUUCUGGUUAUCAUAAAACGUCAUCCACAGAUCAUGGUCUGCUGAAGAUGGGAAAAGGAAGCCCUUCUGUGGUCAACUCAAAUGAAAAUAUCUUAAAUGGAAAGUUGAGCUUUAAAAGUGUUAAAGUGGAGUCUGCACAUGCUUUCAUUUUCGAAAAUGAUAUCAAAUUCCAACCCAAUGGUUCAUUGUACGAGAGGGAAACAGAUAGAUUAUUGGAUGGCUUAGGGCCUCGCUUUGUUGAUUGGUGGAUGCACAAGCCUUUGCCAGUAGAUGCAGACUUACUUCCCGAAGUGGUUCCUGGGUUUAGGCCUCCAUUUAGACGUUGUCCACCAAAAACUAGAUCAAAACUGACAGAUGAUGAACUGACAUACUUGAGGAAGCUUGCUAAAUCCUUACCUACUCAUUUCGUCCUUGGCAGGAAUAGAAAGCUUCAAGGCCUGGCUGCUGCCAUCUUAAAAUUAUGGGAGAAAUGUCAUAUAGCAAAGAUUGCCGUGAAGUUGGGAGUUCCAAAUACAGACAAUAAGCAGAUGGCGAAUGAACUCAAGUGUCUUACAGGGGGAGAUCUUUUGCUACGCAAUAAAUUUAUUAUAAUAAUUUACAGGGGAAAGGACUUCCUACCUUGCCAAAUUGCAGAUUUAAUAUCGAAAAGAGAAGUGGAGCUUGAAAGGUGCCAACUCCAUGAAGAACAUGCACGACUGGAAGUAAUUGAGAAAUUUUGUGUAGCUGAUGAACCACAGGGAAACACACAGUCAGCUGGAACUCUAUCAGAGUUCCAUGAUAUUCAAUUAGAGUAUGGAGACUCAGAAGAAGAAAACAGAAUGGUCAAACUUCCAUUGCAAGCUGAAAAAGAAAGAAUAAGGAGGGAAAUUAGAAAGCAAGAACGCAAGCUUUUUAUUCUUAACAGCAAGAUAGAGAAGUCAACAAAGGACCUAUUGAAGUUGAAUGCUGCAUGGAAACCUUCUGAGAAGGAUGCUGACCAGGAAAUGCUGACUGAUGAAGAGAGGGAAUGUUUUCGGAUGAUAGGAAUGAAGAUGCACAGUGUACUUGUGCUUGGUAGGCGUGGGAUCUUUGAUGGUGUAAUGGAAGGUCUGCAUCAGCAUUGGAAACACAGGGAAGUUGCUAAAGUAAUUACGAUGCAGAGAUUGUUUCAUCAGGUCAUGUACACAGCAAAGUUUCUUGAAGUAGAAAGUGGUGGGAUUCUGAUUUCAGUGGAGAAGCUUAAAGAAGGCUUUGCUGUUAUUAUUUACCGUGGAAAAAAUUAUCAACGCCCUUUAAAACUGAUAUCUGGGAAUCUUCUGACAAAAAGAAAAGCACUCCGUAGAUCUCUCGAGAUGCAGAGAAUCGGAUCACUCAAGUUUUUUGCAUACCAAAGAAAACGGGCAAUCUCAGAUUUGAAACUGAAACUGGAAACUCUGUACGAUAUCCUGAAAGCUGAAUGAACAGAACAUGAUUCCUCUUUGAUAUUCUGCUUAUUUUAUGAUUUGGAUGCAAUCAGACUGAAAUUUCCUCUGUCAGUCACCAACUAACCCACUUGGUCUUCUUCUGAUGAUGCUCGGAAUCCAUACUUCCUUACUCACAGUGAUCAUCCUGGUGCGAAUUUGGUUCCCAAGAUUCUUAAUGGAGGUGAAAACUAUAGUUCUUGGAAGUGUUCUAUGACUGUUGCUCUUCUUGCCUGAAACAAGUUGAAGUUUAUCAAUGGAUCUUUCUCAUGUCACUAAACAUCCUAUCUCCCAGGUUCUUGAUUAUUCUAGAUUAUCUCCAACUUUUAAAGCAACUAUUCUUGCUAUCUCUAGUCACAGUGAACCUGAAUAUUUUCAUCAAGCAAUUGGGAUACCUGAAUGGGAAUUGACUAUGGGUGAGGAGCUUGCUGCUCUUGAGAGGAAUCAGACUUGGACAAUUGUUAGUCUUCCUCCUAAUAAACAUGUUAUUGGUUGCAAGUGGGUCUACAUGAUAAAACACCAUGCGGAUGGUUUUAUAGAACGUUAUAAAGCCAGAUUGGUUGCCAAGGGGUACACUCAACAAGAAGGUAUUGAUUAUAAUGAUACUUUCGCUCCCGUUGCUAAGCUUGUUACUGUCAAGCUUAUUCUCUCCCUUGCUGCCAUUAAAGGUUGGUUUCUUCACCAAUUGGAUGUUAAUAAUGCUUUUCUGCAUGGUGAGCUCCAUGAAGAAGUGUUUAUGACUACCUCAAGGGUAUAGUCCUAAGGGGGAGUUGCCACCUAAUUCCGUUUGCAAGUUACAAAAAUCUCCAUAUGGUUUAAAGCAAGCCUCUUGGCGGUGGUUUGAGAAAUUUUCUACAGCUUUGAUUCAAGAGGGUUUUAUACAUUCAGCUACUGAUCAUUCAUUGUUCAUCAAACAUACUAAUGGAAGCUUUAUUGCUCUCUUAGUGUAUGUAGAUGAUGUGAUCAUAGCUAGCAACAAUCUAGCUGAAGUGGAGGUAUUAAAGGCAAGAUUAAAUGCUGGAUUCAAGCUGAAAGAUCUUGGUAACUUACGGUAUUUUCUUCGUUUAGAAGUUGCUAGAUCUGAAAAAGGGAUUUUUUUUAUCUCAUAGGCCAUAUGCAUUACAGAUAUUGGAGGAUUUUGGUUAUUUGGGCUGCAAACCUAUUAAUACUCCCAUGGAACCGAACUUGAAAUUAAGUCAAGAAUCUGGUGAGUUUCUUGAUAACCCUCAGCUGUAUAGAAAGAUAAUUGGGAAGUUGCAGUAUUUGACAAUGACCAGACCCGAUUUGUCUUACUCUAUAAACAAAUUGAGCCAAUUCCUUGCUACACCUCGGAUUCCUCAUAUGCAAGUAGCUCAACGAUUGCUUCAGUAUGUUAAAGAGUGUCAUGGUUUGGGACUUUUAUUUCCAGUAAGUUCAGAGGAUAAGCUAAAGGCUUCUACGGAUUGACUGGGCAGCUUGUCAAGACACUAGAUGGUCUACUACAAGUUUUUGUGUAUUUCUUGGACACUCAUUGAUAUCCUGGAAAAGUAAAAAGCAGCAAACAAUUUCACGAUCUUCAGCUGAAGCCGAGUACAGAGCAAUGGCAAAUGCCACUUGUGAGGUUGUUUGGUUAAUUUCUGUAUUGAAGGAAUUAAAACAAGUUCAUGAAGAACCGGUAGAAUUAUAUUGUGACAACCAACCUGAAUUACACAUAGCUGCCAAUCCUGUUUUUCAUGAGAGAACCAAGCAUAUAGAAAUAGAUUGCCAUCUUGUGAGAGAAAAGAUACAAUCUGGCAUAAUCAAAACCUCACAUGUAUCAUCUCAGGAACAAAUUGCUGAUGUGCUAACUAAAGCUUUGUUUCCAAAACAGUUCAAAGUUCUCAAAGACAAGAUGGGAUUACAAAGCAUUUAUAAUCCAUCUUGAGGGGAGUUUCAGACUUAGACAUUGUUUUGUUUUAGUUUGCUUAGCUGAGUUGUAGUCUGUUAUUUCUGUUUAGAGUUAGUUGGUUUUCCUUUACCUGAAAUAAGCUUGUUCAUGCUGAUUAGCACUAUAUAUAGUGCUCUGUAUCAUCUUUUUCAGACAAAAUGAAAAUAGUAUUUCUUUCUUCUUCAUUUUCUGUUUACUAAAAUAAUCAUGUAACUUACAUCUCAGUUAAUCAAGGAAAAUAUUAAUCUUUCUAAUUCUUGAUUCCCUCUGUUUGUAAGUUUUGAGAUUUUCCCGCUGUCCUUGUAGCAUCCUUGUUAAAGAUUCCUAUAAGCAUCAUGUCAUGGAUGCUUAUCUGAAAAUUUAACCAGUCUGGAUUAGUCCAUUAUUUAUGCAAGUUUAUCUUUUACAACCUUGUUUACUCCCCUUGCCUUUGUUGGUGGGUUGUUCUUGUUGGCACACACUGCCCUUUUUCCGGCCUCUAUGCUGUGUUUGUUUGGUCACUUUAUUGUCUUUUCUUGUUUCGUAUAUUUUUCCUUGGGUUGCUGCCUUGUCCUUUUCAUCAAGUAUGAAGUUGCUGAAUCAACCCAUGCUCCCUCACAUGCAAAUCUCGGUUGUCUACCCAUUCCAAGAUUCUUCUCUCCAAAUUGCUACAUGCAUGGUGAAUGAAAGAAAUGAUAGACCUCCUGUAAAGUUUACUUAUGUUACGAGAAUGAGAUUUGUGCAGAGAUAUGUGUAAUAGGGGUUAGCGGGAAAGUGAGAUUUUUUGGCUAGGAGUGUGACAUUGGAAAAUGAUAGGAAUAAGGGCCCACCAAUUAGGUUUACUUAUUCUAGGAGAAAUAAAAGAAAUUAACUACUAAAUAAUGUAUAUUAGUGGCUUACUGUAUAGCCAAUAGGAAUAAAAGAUUUUUCCAGCAAGGACUAAGGGGAACGCUAUAUAUAUUACUUAGAUCAGGGGGGUAGAGAGAUUCAGAUUGUAAUUUGAUAGAGCUUAGCUCUUGGGGAGAGUUCCAGGCCUCUCGAAUGCCUUGGGUGUGGGUGUAUUUUUUUUGAUUUGUGGAAUAAAGCUGAGUAAUUGUUUCCAACGAUUGUUUUAGUCUAACAGAAAAUUGGAUAGAUAGUUAGAAUAUUCUCUAGCAAAGAUAUUUGAGGAGAGUAGGGUGAGGCUACUGGGGGCCUUUGGACUAUUCUAGAAUGCAGGUUCUAUCAAUUGGUAUCAGAGUAUUUGCUCUCAUGUCAAAUACUAGAUUGGAGUCUAGGAUGAAUUCUGUUGAGAAGGUAGUGAAGAAGAUAGGAGAGAUGUUCUUAUGCAUUGAUGUCAUGGGGCGCCUGGAUUUUCCAUAACUCUCAUCAAAGCAGCUAAGAUUUCCAGUGAUCAAGAAAUUUUGAAAACAGCUACAGAUGCCUCAGAGGUAGUGUGAAACCAUGGGUUGCUGAAACGAGUUGGUAUUUGCCAUGGUGUGGUGGUAAUGCUUAUGUAUUCCUCUCACUCUACCAACUGACUAGUGAUGUAGAAUUCCUGUUCAGGCCAAAGCAUUUGCUUGUUUUUCACUGGAUAGAGCUCUCAAGCUUAUAUCACAGGCUGAGAUGCACGGAGGUGAUAGUCACUACUCUUUGGUUGAGGGGAUUGUAGACGUGGCUUAUCUGUUAUCAGACGGUUGAACCUCCUGAGGUGAAAUUUCCUACUAACGACUAAGGAAAGUCCUUAUCAUGUAGUUAAAGGAAAGUUGUACAUAAAACUUAUCCAAGCCACAAUCCUUUGAGUUUGUACGUGAAUCUUGUUGUAUUGAAAUUUUAUCAACGAUAAUAUUAUAUAGAAUUAGUAAAA